AUUCUGUGUACUUCCGGUUCCCUACUGCGCCAUUUUGAUGAAACAGCGAGGAGUGGAGUGGUUUGGACUACAGUACUGGAUUUUAUGUUUAAAUUGAAGAAUCGUCUAUAUACAGACUUUUCAGCUUGUCGUGGUUGGAAAUAGCCGUGGACCGAAGAGGAACUUUUGCGCCCUGAUUGCGUAGCUGGUGGAUUUUGUUAGAAUAUCCGAUAGCCACCUUGGCCAACAUUGUUAGCAUAGCACCGUUAAGUAUUAUGCGUUAGCUUUUGUUAGGUCAGUGUUGUUUUCAUAUUGUGUUGAGUAGCGAGGUGACAUUAGCUAAUCUCGAGGUGUAGCAUGCGAGCCUUGGCAUUAGCUAAGAUAACAGUUACACGGUAGAUACGGGAGAUUACGAAUAAAGGGAAUAUUAUAUUUGAGGACCAACGGCGAUUCAACCUGUGGACUCAUUGCGGAAGCUUUCGCGCAGUUCUGUGGACUUUUUGUUGGGCUCGUUCGUGUUUGUUUUACUUGAGAAAUAAGAACUGAACCAUAAAAGCAAGGACUGAUAUUCAGGAUCCCCCAGGCCUGCUGCUAGCUACGCUAGUGGCCUGCAGCGCGGCGGCCCGGCCUUUACAUCAAGGACAAAUCACGACGGACAUGGGCUCAUAACGUUAUACAUCAAUGUGAAAGAUUUACACUGUACUAUAUGGACUGCCUUUGAGUUGGUGGUACCCUGUUCUGUUUUAUCGGACUAUAAAGGACUGAGGAGGCCCACGGCGCCUGCUCGAUGGCGCUUUGGCCUCACACCUCGAUUAUUUUUCUUUGGCAAUAACAAGGACUCUGUCGUCUUCUGCGAGCUGAACCUUUCCCUAUUUUAGUAUUUUUCUUUAUCCAGUGUUUCAGCGAAUAUAAAGAAGGUUUGCCUAUUAAAAGUCACUAGAUUUAGCCUCCUGUAUUCAGUGUUGACCCUGUUUCAUUUUAUUAUCAUACCAGGCCUGUGUUUUUCCCCUUGUACUUGAUUGACUUAAGUGGUCAGACCUGUAAAAAAAAAAUGUCGUGUGUUCACUAUAAGUUUUCUUCCAAACUGGAAUACAAUACAGUAACUUUCGAUGGGCUACAUAUCACGCUCAGCGAGCUUAAAAGGCAGAUUAUGGCCCGGGAGCGGCUCAAGGCCACAGACUGCGACCUGCAGAUCACUAAUGCGCAGACUCGAGAAGAAUAUACAGAUGAUGAAGCCCACAUCCCGAAACACUCAUCCGUGAUCGUUCGCCGCACUCCAAUUGGUGGAGUAAAACCUGCUGGCAGGACGUUCAUUGUAGAUCGUUCUGACACAGCUGUGGUGGGAUCUUCUAGACCCACUGAUUCUUCUCCUUCUUUGUCACUCGCCCAACUUGCCAAGACUGCUAACCUGGUUGAUGCAAAUGCAUCAGAGGAGGACAAGAUUAAAGCCAUGAUGUCUCAGUCCAACCACGAAUAUGACCCAAUACAUUACUCCAAGAAGGCUGUCGGACCUCCACCUGCUCACUAUACCUGCUUUCGUUGUGGAAAGGCUGGUCACUACAUUCGUCAGUGCCCCUUGCUGAUGGUCCAGGAUAAGAGUGUGGAGGGUCCCAAGCCAGUUCGGAUUAGUAAGGGCAUACCUCAGAGCUUCAUGGUGAAAGCAGAGCCAGGCACCAAGGGAGCCAUGUUGACCAGCACUGGAGAAUACGCUAUACCUGCUAUAGAUGCGGAAGCAUAUGCACAAGGAAAGAAGGAGCGCCCUCCAUUUGUUCCACAUGAACAGUCAUCCUCUGAGGAUGAUUCAGACCCAAUCCCCGAUGAACUCUUGUGUCCAAUCUGCAAUGACCUGAUGACUGAUGCUGUAGUUAUACCCUGCUGUGGAAACAGUUACUGUGAUGAGUGUAUCCGGACUGCCUUGUUGGACUCGGAGGAGCACGUCUGCUUUACAUGCAAACAGUUGGAUGUUUCACCUGAUAAUCUCAUCGCCAACAAGUUUCUGCGACAGGCUGUGAACAACUUUAAGAAUGAAACGGGGUACACCAAACGUGCACGCAAGCAGGUCCAACAUGCAGCCCCGCCUCCACCGCGCCCUCAGAUGGUCAGGACUCUGCACUCGAGACAGCAGGACCCACUGCUGGUCAAUGUCACUCCACCUCCUAUAAGUGUACCCACCACCGCCCCUCAAACACAGGUAUCGCCCCCUGCACCUGCUGCUCCUGCUUCUGCUGUUUCUGCUGCUCCUGCUGCUCCUGGGGUUCCUACCCCUCCUCCUGCUGCAGCUGUCGAAGAUGAAGGUGCUUCACCAGUUCCUGCACCUGUGGUUGCCAACCAUUCUCCUAUGCACUCUACUAGCCACGGUGAACCACCCCCACCGGGGGAGACAGAUCCAGAACCUGUUGUGACAGCAGGCUCAUCACUUACCUCAGAAAGGGACUCUCAGAACUACCAUUUAACCGUUAUUGGCCACCCGCAACCUACAAGGCUGCCUCAUCCAUCAGGUCACCAGCCACGGCCCCACCACUCUCACAGAGGAGGAAACAGACAAUGGGAGAGGUCUUACACGGGUAGAGGAGAGCACCACUCUACUCACCUCCCGACACCUCAACCUCCUGCACCUGCUCCACCAGUAUACCCAUCCCCGUCCCUGUACCAGCCCCCACCGCAGCCCUACCCCCCUCCGUACACCUCUGGCCCUGGCCUUAUCGCUCCUCCUGUCAUCAGUUACCAGCCCCAACCUAUUUUUGCCCCUGGACCACCAGGGCUCAACCCUCCCUGGGUUGCCCCUGUUCCCCAACCCCCUCUCGCCCCUCUUCCACCCUCCCUCUCUCAACCGCCUUUCUCAAAGGAAGAUUUCUACAGACAGCGGCACCGACAGGACAAAGUUGCAUCUAAACUGGAUGAAUUUACUAAAGACUUCCACAAAGAGCUUAUGAAAUACAGAAGUCUACCAAAGAGAAGAAGACCAUCUUAUUCCAGGUCUCGGUCAUACAGUCGCUCUCCAUUCAGCCGUUCUCCAUACUCUCGCUCUAGGUCAAGAUCGCGAUCGAGAUCAAGAUCCAGGUCUUACUCUUUCACUCCCAGCAGAUCCCGCUCCCGUUCACGCUCUCACGGUCGGUCUUAUCCCCGCUCCCCUUAUUCUAGACGCAAUGGACGUAGUUAUGGGCGUUCACGGACUCGCUCCCGCUCCCGCUCAAGGUCUUAUGGGUAUCGGCGCUCUGGCUCACCACGGUCUCUUCCCUCCUACCGGGGUGGAAGCUGGGAGGGAGCAGAAGGAAUGGGACCAUACAGGUCUAGGUCACGGUCUCGUUCGCCUGGUGGCUACCGGAGCCGUAGCCCUGGUGGACGAAAGCCACCUCUUCGGGAGCACCUACCAUAUGAACUGAAGGGUCAAAGUCCUGGUGGCCCUGAGCGCUGGGAAAGAGAACGGUAUCGACAGCAGUGGGAUAAGGACUACCCAGACAUGUACACCAAGUUCUAUGACAACCAACAUCCCUCAGUGCAUCACAGAAGUCAUGGUGGCAGAGACAGAGAGAGGGACAGAUUGUCCUCAUUGUCCAGAGAUUACUCGCCCCAGGGUAGAGGAAGAAGAGGGAGAGAAGAGAGAGAUGGUGUCCCCCCUCACCAUCCUCCAUCCUCUUCCUCAUCAGGAGCCAAGUCCAGCACUAAAGUUGUGAAAGCAAAGAAAGUAAAAAAGAGGAAGCCUGGGGAAGAUCCAGAGCCAUCACAUCAGUCAGUGGACAGAGGUGAUGCUACUCCUGUCAGAGACGAACCAAUGGAUGAUGUCCCCUCACUCACUAAAACGCCUCCCACCUCCUCAAAGCCUUCAGUUGGCGCUGCUAGCACUAAAGCUCCAGUUUCUAAAAGUGCUGCUGCACCUGCUAAACCCUCAAGCAAGUCGACAUCAAAGACUCAGUCUGAUAAGGCUAAGAAAGAAAAGAGUCAGAAGGUAAAAGCAAAAGUAAAUACAGAGGGUGCGAAGGUAAAGAGUGACAAGGUAAAGAAAAAGACUGGAGAAGGAGUGGUGACCAAAAAGAGAGAGUCCUCAUCCUCUCUUGCUAAACCAUUAAAAACCAUUAAAGCUAAACCAGAGGAUGCUUCCAACUCAAAUGUCCCUAAAAAGGACAAGAGUAAAAGCUCUGCAGGAAAACCUGCCCCGCUGAAGACUUCUCCACUAUCCUCCCAGAACCUGCCUCCACCUCUUCCUUCUCUUCAUGAUGGCCUUCGACCUGGACAUGACAUUAGGGGGAGAAGAGAUCUUCCACAGGGCAGAGGUUUCCUACCCAUUCCCCAACAACACGGAUUCCAAGUCCUCCACCGAGCUCUCUCCCCAGUUGGCAGUCGGAGGAGGAUGGGAGAGGAGAGCCACUAUUUAUUUGGACCUCCUCCUGGAAAGCUGCUGAGAAUAGAUGAUAAUCUUCCUCAGUCACACAUGUCUCACCAGUCCAUGCUCCAGAGAUCCCCACUUCCCUUAGACAGGCCUGGUAUUCUUCCCCCAUCAGGGAGCCGUGAGAUGGCCCGGGGAGACGCAGAGAGAGGCGCUAUCAGACCUCUAAUGGACAUUCAGUUUAAGACACAGACCCAGAGGAAGAUUAAGUUGAAUAGAGAUCUGGGAAGAAAAGGCAGCACGGAGGCAGCAGCUUCAGACAGAGAACCAUCAGCUCCUGAGAAGACAAAGUCUACCUCAGACCGAUCAGCUGUUGCUGACAUCUCUGAAGGAGAACGACCCAGCAGUACUACAGAAGGAGUUGGAAGAAAGGAGCGCUCGUCAUCUGCAGAGAAGGGAGUUUCUAGAGAGAGACCCAGAAGUGCUGGAGAGAGACUGCAGGCCUCAGACAGAGACCAGGACAGAAACUCGGGACUAGAGAGAGAGCGAGAUAGAUCUGGAUCAGACAGAGAAAGAGACAGAGGUCAGGGGUCUGACAGGGAGAAGGACAGGGUCUCGGUGUCAGGCUCACAGAAGGUGGCAAAUACAGUGGAGAGAGAUGCCGAAGAAGAGAGGUCAGUAAGGACAGACCGAAAGAACACCAGCGGAGCAAGUGGAAGAGGAAGGUCUGUCUCCCUGGACAAAAUGACCAUUGGAGAGAAAUCAGCCAUCACCAGGAGACAGGCAGACCAUCAGGAGAAACCAAGCAUAUCCUCAAAGGAGAGAGGGGAGGGGUCAGAAAGAGCUGCUAAAUCUGACAGGAGUGUGUCCAAGGACAGAGCAGAGCGGAGUGUGCCCUCAGGAGAGAAGCCAGUUUCUGCUCACAGAGAAGCAGUGAAAGGUGGUGAACAGCCUGUUGUGAAGAACAAGCCCAGGAUCAGCCGAAAGAUUCUGACAAGUCACACUGUGGGCUCCUCCAGCAGGUCGACUCAAGAGACAAAGCGGAACUCAGAAAAAGACCAGAACAGUGUAUCCUCUAAACCUGCAGAGCAGCCUCCACCUAUCCCUGUAAACAGUCGUGGCCGGAGUCCGAGUGUCAGUCCAACUCCCAGCCUGGCCAGGGAGGAGCCGGUCAUUCGGGCCCCCCCUCGCUCUAAGUGGGAAAGAGAAGAUGAUGAAGAGGGGCAGGAAAACGAAGUCAGUGUACCCAAGGAGCCCUCACCAGUUCCUCAGAAGAGCCGAGGCAGGGAAGGGCAGACUGAACCACCUAAACCUGUCAGGAGCGGAGGCCGGGAUGCCACAAGAGAGGAGGGGAGAGAGGGGAGAGGCGUGGUGAGGGAGGAGAAGAAAGGGAGAACACAGAGGGAAGAGGGGAAGGGUGGCAGGGCAGCACAUGCAAAUUCUGAGAAACCAUCCAAAGCAAAAAAUGUCAGGGAGGAGGGGAGAGUGGGGCGAGAAGAAGGGAGAGCUGCAGCUAGAGAGGAGGGACGAGGGGUGACAGGGAAGGAGGAGAGAGCCACAGAAAGCAGAGGUGGAGGAGGCCCAGAGCCCAGGAGACAGCGUCUGAGUUCUGACCUGGGUCGUGAGACAGAUGAGGCUGCUUUCAUCCCCGAUUACAGCGAAGGUGAAGGCUCCGAGCCAGAGAGAGGAAGGAGUGGCACCGCCACUCCAUCCCUCAGCCGACCCUCCUGCAGCCCCACCCAGAGCAACCACAGCACGUCAGCAACCACAGCGGACAAGAAGAAGAAGAAACACAAGAAGCACAAAAAACACAAGAAGCACAAGAAGCACAGCAGUCAGGACAAAAACGGAGAGCAGAAGGAGCACAAGCACAAACACAAGAAAAAGAAACACAAAAAGAACAAAAGCAAAGAUAAAGAUGUGGAGCAAGAGGAGAAAACAGAAAAAGCAGAAGAGACUCUAUGCUAGCAGUGUCCGAGCCUGCUGGCCAAAAUCUGUAACCUUUGUUGAAGAGACAAUGAUGCAUCACUGGCAUGCUGCUUAAUGUGCGACUCGCCUGUUUUUGACUGUCCCUGACACCGUUGGAGGGCUGUUACUUUGACACAUAAUAUCACAGCUCCUUAAACCAUGUUGUCUGGAUUGCAGCACUAUGAGCUUCGCUGAAAUUUCUUUAAUGUUUAAUGUGGACCUCUGCGGUGCUGCGCUGUGAUCGAUGUUGAGCCGGCCAGAAAGGACUUGAUGAUAAUAACUGAUCACACAGCAGUGAAUCUAAAUGGUAGGAAUAGCAAACUGUACUCAGGGAUGUGAUUGCUUCUUUGUAGAGGAGGAAUUUCUGUUUCUUUGCCUCUGAUUAAUGUGUAAAUAGAGUUGAAGUGUUGCUUCAUGUAAUAAUUUUCCUUCAGUUUGUUUUGCUCACAUCCCUGAGUGCUGUUCAGGGUUUAAAUACCGGAUAACUAUCAGUGCUAUGAGGGCCGUUGUAAGCUCUUUCUGAAGGACUACACUAGCAGCUCUGCAUGUUUAAGAACAUUAACUACAAAUCUGCUUUUUUGCCUUUUCCCAACCAUUUUCACUGUGAUAAGCUCAUUUUUAGGCUUUUUUUUUUUUUUUGGUCCUAAGUUAAUGUAAAUACAAAAUUGAGACAAAAUGUUCUCAGAUAAUUACCCAAGUCAUUUUCCUACAGCACUUGACAUAAGUGAAAGCCAGUAGCUACCCGGAGGAGUAUGAGCAUUUGGAAAUGGUUGGCAGCAAAGCAUUUGUGAUUAAUGGGCUAAAACUUGCAAACUCACCAGUGUGGUCCUUGAAGUUCAAGUUGACCGUUCACGCACCACUGGACUGUAGAAAUCUAGGAUGUUUAUUAAUAAUGCAAAUCAGAUUGUGUGUUCCUGUUUCAGAGGCACAGAAGCGGUAUUGCUUUGUGGGAGCGAGUGUGUGUCUGUGUGUGUGUGUGUGGGAGUGUAAAGAACAGAAACGGAACGAAUUGUUGGAAGUGAAGUUCUUACAAAUGAGUUUUCUUUUUUAAUUAAAAUGUUUUGACUCAUGAAAAUGCCUUGAGUUAUUAAUCAAUUUUUUGAACUUUCAGUUGUAAUAAAUU